GGCAUAUUGGCGGGUAGGCAGAUAUUGAGGAAAGGUCUCUGCUGGCGAAUUGGUUCUGGGCGAAACAUUUCUAUCUGGUCCGAUCCUUGGAUCCAGGAUGUUGAUAAUAUGAGAGUCACUACUGAGUUCAGUCCAGAGAAACGGGUAUUUAUGGUUGAAGACUUGCUACAAGAUGGUAGAUGGCAUAAGGAGCUAAUUGAGGAGAGUUUUAAUGAGAGGGACGCUAAAUAUAUUCUCUCGAUUCCCGUUAGUAGGAGUGCAACGGAUUCAUGGUUCUGGCUUUUGGACAGAAAUGGCAUAUAUUCGGUAAAAACUGCUUAUCGCAGUCUUAUUCAAGAGAUCCCAUCGAGAGUGGAACAAAGUGCUAGCCUUAUGUGGAAACGACUUUGGCGUCUCCAUCUACCACCACAGGUAAAGGAUUUUAUUUGGAGGGCCGGAAACAACAUCCUCCCAACCAGAUCAGCUCUCCAUCAGAAGAGGGUGUCUGUGCCUUUGACGUGUCCACUCUGUAAUUUCUACGAUGAAUCAUCUCUUCACCUGCUUGUCCAAUGCGACUUUGCAAGCCAGCCGUAAUUCUGUUAUUUGGGCGAACAAAUUUAAAACUCCUGCUGCGACUUGGUUUGCUGCGAAACGCACUCUAGGUGACUGGCAGAAUGCUCAAGAGAAGAGAGAACAAGGUGCGAGAAUUGCUAGGCCACGAAUUUGGAAACCCCCUGAUCUUGGGUGGAUAAAAGUAAAUAUUGAUGCUGCUACGAACGUGGAUGACGCGUUUACAGGUGUGGCAUUUGUUGCUCGGGAUGAACAUGGCAGGUUCGUAGCUGCUAGGAAUAGCCGAAUUGUUGGUCUCUUCUCUCCUAGAGUGGCUGAAGCUAUUGCUUUCAAAGAAGCUCUUAGUUGGAUUCAAGCUGAAGGUUGGACACAUGUGUGCUGUGAAGGUGAUUCUUUGGAUGUUGUUCAUGCGAUUGAGUCUGCUUUUUUGCUGGAUUUAACGUCUUUCGGUGCUGUUAUUAAUGAUAUCAAAACUCUUGUAAGGUCUUGGCGUGGUAAUUGUGGAGUUGCUGCAGUUCCAAGAACAGCUAAUUCGGCUGCCCAUUGCUUAGCUCAGGCUACUAGAAAUCCUGUUUCUGUUGGUGCGUGGAGAGGUGUUCCACCCAACUUUCUAAAUGUUGUUUUGUUAGCUGAUCUAAAUUAAUAAAACAACGCAUUUCCCUCAAAAAAAAAA